AUGACGUCUCGCUCCGCGACGGUCGCGGCGAUCGCGCCGCCCGAAUUCGCGCGCGUCCGCGCGACGUCGCGCGUCGCCGGCAGCCUUCCUCGCGCGGCCGCGGCCUCGAGAAAUGAAGAUGGCGCGCGUUUAUCCUCCUCCUCCACCCCAGGCGGCGUCGAUCUCGCGACGACGACGAGCCGACGCGCGUCCUCGCGCCGUCGCGUCGUCCUCGCGCCGCCGCCCGCGGCGACGAACCCAACCGACGCGUGGCUCGCGGAGGUGGACGCGGACGGUCGCGUCCCCGCGGGCGCGACGCGCGCGCCUCGACGCAUCGUCGUCUUCGUCGAGCCGUCGCCGUUCUCGCACGUGAGCGGGAUGAAAAAUCGAUUCCUCCGCCUGAUCGAGAACCUCACCGAGCUCGGCGACGACGUCGUCGUCAUCACCCCGGACCGGAACCCGCCAGCGGAGUACGCCGGCGCGGAGGUCAUCGGCCUCCACGGCUUCGCCUUGCCGUUCUACCCCGGGAACACGCUCUUGUUGUCGUACGCGAGAGAUCCGAGGGUAGAGGCGCUGUUCAGAACGAACCCGCCAGACCUGAUCCAUUGCUCCUCCCCCGGCGCGCUCAUCUGGACCGCGACCGGGCUCGCGGAGAAGUACAAGAUCCCGCUCGUGCAGUCGUACCACACGCACAUCCCGCACUACAUCCCGCAGUACACCGGCAGCACGUUCCUCGUGAAGCCGAUGUGGGACUUCAUCCGCCUGUGGACGUCCAAGUCGGACGUCACGAUGGUCACGUCCACGAUCUUGGAGGACGAGCUGAAGAGCGAGGGGUGCCCGAGACUCGAGGUGUGGCAGAAGGGCGUGGACACCGUCGCGUUUAACCCGAAGUUUCGCUCGGAGGAGAUGCGCGCGAGGCUGCGCGGGGGGCGGAAGGGCGGCAAGAUCAUCGGCUGCGUCGGUCGACUCGGCGCGGAGAAGAAUCUCUACGCGCUGAAGGAGAUUCUCGCCAAGUGCCCGGAGGGUACGAACCUCGCCAUCGUGGGCGACGGCCCGGAGAAGGCGAAGCUGGAGGAGCACUUCGCGGGCACCAACGCGCACUUCACCGGGAUGAUAACCGGCGACGAUCUCGCGGCGGCGUACGCGAGCUUGGACGUGUUCGUCAUGCCGAGCGAGUCGGAGACGUUGGGGUUCGUCGUCAUGGAGGCGAUGGCGAGCGGCGUCCCCGUCGUCGCCGUGCGCGCGGGCGGGCUCCAGGACAUCCUCACGAACACCCCCGAGGUUGGCCAGCUGUACCCGAGCGGGGAUUACGACGAGGCCGCGAGGCUCACGACGGAGCUGCUCGUGGACGACGCGGAGAUGGCGCGGCAGCGGAGGAGCUGCAGGGACGCCGUCGAGGAGUGGGGGUGGAUGGCGUCCAACACGAAGCUCCGCGACCUUCAGUACGCGAGAGCGUACCGCCGGCACAAGCGCAACGAGAAGAUUCGCAUCUUUCUCGACCUCGUCGGCGCGCGUCGACGCGUCGCGGCCGUCUUCGAGGCGCUCAUGAACGCGCAGUGGGGGCUGCAGCUGUGCGCGUACGUCGCCGCCGUCGUCGCGUUGCGCGCCGCGCGCGAGCUCGUCGUCGCGCACGGCGUCGGCGCCGCGCUGUCCGGCCCCGCGUGGGUCGCCGCGGCGCAGUCCGUCGCGACCGCGUCCGGGCCGUUCGGUCCCGCGGUGAUGGCGUCCGCGGUGGCGGCGGCGUCGCUGAUCCCCUUCGUCCCCGCCGCGCCGAUGUACGCGGCGUCAGGGUUGAUGUUCGGGACGGCGCAGGGCGCGUUGAUAUCGCUCGUCGGCGCGCUCGAGGCGGCGGCGAUCGCGUUCGCCAUCACGCGGCGGAAGGGCGUCGCGAACGUCGCGUCGUAUCUCGCGACGGGCGCGGGGUUCGGCGCGCCGGCGCGGCGAUUCGUGAGGAACCAGCUCAAGAAGAUUGAGACGUUUCUGGAGGGCGACGGCGGCGGCGAGGGCUUCGGGACGUUCGCGAAGCUCGUCGCGUACCGUCUCGUCCCGCACGCGCCGUUCACGGUGGCGAACUACUUGUUGGGGCUCACGAAGGUUCCCGCGACGACGUUCCUCGCGUCGACGCUGCUCGGCACCGCGCCGUGGGCGCUCUUCUUCGCGCUCGUCGGCAGCGCGGGCAACGCGUUCGUGAAGAACGGCGCGUUGUGGGACGCCGCGAGCGCGGUGGCGUCGGGCGCGGACGUCGCGCUGGCGCUGACGAUCGGGUGCGUGCUCGCGGCGCCGGCGGUGGCGAAAGCGGCGACGGAGAGCAACCGCGCGGCGAUGGCGUGA